AAACACUAUGAACUUUUAGCUGGAACAGCAAGGAAACGAACGCUCGAAAAUUUCGGGGAAAAAGAAGCGACCAUUUCAAUAGCUGGUCCCCGAAAUCAGAAAGUUUUUAGUGUAAGAAAUCACAGAGGAAUCAAAUCCACUUUCUAAAGGUUCGCAUUUCAAUGCAAAACCACCGUCGCUCAUCAAUUCAGCAUCAAUUCAAUUUCACAUUUCAAAUUCUCGCCAUUUCUAUCUCAUUAUGUAACACCUUCGCACCUGUCUCUCUCUCUCUCCAUUUUCCUCCCAUUUCAAUACAAUCCAAAUUCACUACGUUGCCAUACUUCUCUCCCUCUCUCUGUUUUCCGCGUUGGCAUCUCCUUUUUCUUGACACGAAUUCUCACUAACCAACGAACAAGAAACCCUUUUGUUUAAAUCGACCUCCUCUCUCACACAGACACACAGUGACGAAUAUCUCCGGUUCAUUUGCUUUCAUGGCACCUCACGAAUUCUAAAUUAAUCCUCGCGAGCGAGCACUGAUGAUCCCAAAACAAACGCACAUACCACACCAACCCAAAACCCUAACCUCUCUGCUCUACCGAAUUACUCAUGGUGAGACACCAAAACGAGCGACAAACAGUGUCUCAGCGGGGCCUAAUCGUCGGAAACUAUUGCCACGAUAUUCUAACCCGGGACGAUGUCGUAAUAGGCCAGACCCUCGGCGGCGCGGUAUCGUUCAUCUCCGCCGUGCUCGACGGCCUCUCGAUCACCUCCAGUUACGUUGCUAAGGUCGGCUCAGACUUCGCUUAUGGCGUCAAUCAUGACCCAAUUGUGUCGUCCUCGUCGCCGACGACUCUCUUUCACGCCCAUUUCUCAUCCGAGCCCGCCGAGACCAGACGCCAAGACCGGAUCCUCAAACGUGUUUACUCCUGCGAACCCAUUUCGCCGUCGGAUCUUCCCGACUCGCGGUUUGAUUUCGGUAUGGCCGUUGGGGUCGCCGGAGAGAUACUGCCGGAGACUCUAGAGCGAAUGAUCGAUGUAUGUAAUGUGGUUUUUGUUGAUAUUCAGGCGCUGAUUCGAAAAUUUGAUUCUGUUGACGGUACUGUGAAGCUGGUUGGGUUGAAGGAGAGUGGGUUCUUUCACCUAUUGCCACGAAUUGGGUUUCUGAAAGCUUCGGCCGAAGAAGCCCCAUUUGUGGAUGUUGAGGAGGCAAGGAAGUGGUGCUGUGUUGUUGUGACGAAUGGGAAGGAUGGUUGUACUGUGUAUUGGAAGGAUGGGGAGGUACAGAUUGCUCCCUUUCCCACGAUUCAGGUUGAUCCCACCGGCGCCGGAGAUAGUUUCUUAGGAGGGUUUGUUGCCGGACUUAUUCAAGGAUUGGCAGUGCCUGAUGCUGCUCUAUUGGGGAAUUUCUUUGGAUCACUUACUGUUGGCCAAAUUGGACUUCCUGAGUUCGAUAGGAUGUUGUUGCAGAGAGUGAAAGAUGAAGUGCAAGGGAAGAAGAUGCAGUGCACGAGCUGCCACGAGAGACAAGAUCAUGAAUUGAAGUUCCUGAAGCCAAUAGGCCAUGAACAGUUCCAUGCAUCACUUAGUGCAGCCAAGCUAAUCUCCAUCUGCCCCAUCCAGGAAUGUCAACAGGAUCGGCCAAGUUCUCCCAGAGCAACAGAGCAGGAUAUCCACCCCAAGUGCAAUGGGCAGCAGAAACUAUUACUAACUUCUGUCCAUGAAGGGCAGCUUCAUUCAGCUGAAACUAGAGCUCCACAUAAAUGAGACCUCUAACACUGCACCACCGUCACCACCCCUCCCCACCCUUUCCCUCAUUUCCCUCUUUUCUUUUACAUUCUGCAUAAAUUGUAUCUUGAAAUAAUUAGACUAGCUAACUUCCAAAAAAAAUAAUAAUAAUUUGAAUAGCUCAGAGAUCUCAAAGAA